AUGGUCGAAUAUCUCCAAUUCGUGUCUGACAUGACAGACGAACAAGUCCACGCCCUGACGGACCUGCUCGCCAUGCCGCCCAAGUACCUCCUGGCGGGCGGCGUCCCGGCACAGGAGUGGCUCGCCCGGCAGGAGGAGAAGAUGCUCCGUCUGCCCCGGGAGUUGACCAAGCCGACGGGGUUGGUCGACCGCACGCGCAUCGCCCUCGCGAAGAAGGGCCUCUCGACCGACAAAUGGUUGCCUCGGGUGUCCGUACUCUGCACGACACACGCGCUGCUCAACCCCUGGGUUGUCCACCGCGUCUUCCUACUACUGCAGCAUGAGGUCAUGCACCGCGUCAAUACCGUUCGCUACUACCGCGGCGAGCUCAAGACCCAGGAGGUCGUCGACUACUGUACCCAUGUCAGCGGCAUCUUGUCGCUAUUCAAGACCCCGACCGAGUUUGCCGCCAUCUGCCGCACAGAGUAUCCCGGGCACCUCCGCUUCGACCGUAUUGCGUCAGGCUGUGAGGCGUGUAUCCUCGCUGCUGUGGGCUCCAGGGCGCAGCUGCUCGUCGAUCUCAAGGCGAGCCUGCUGGGCCGCGCGGACAGGCGCAAGGAGCCGAGACUCAUGCGCUUCGUCGACCGGUGGAUGCAGUGCUUUGGGCCGGAGAACGAAGGUGAGUUGUUGCUGGCCAGCCAGCGGCUGGGCGAGCAGAUCCGCGCCAUCAACAAGUCUGAUGCGAAGAGGCGAAGGGAGGUCCGGCGGCUUAGGAAGGAGAAGAUCGCUGCCGUGGAGGCGGAGAAGGACGACAUGGAGAGACAAUUGAAGAAACAGCGCAUAACGGCCAGCCAGCUACGCAUGGGGCUGGGCGAGAUCGAUAAGAAUAUUGAGCGUAAGUAUGGAAAGGAUUGGGAGAAGGGGCGGUUCCACUCGACACAGUCUAGGCCUACGUCCGAAACCCCUGUGGUUCAGCAACACCGCGAGGAUCAGCGCCAUCCCGAGCCUCAGAUGUCCGGAGCACUUGGUGACGAGCGAGAGCCUCAGGAAAACGCCUUUGACCUUGAGCAUGAUCUCGGGCAUCAUCACGAGGAGAUCUAUUUCGAACAAGACGAGCGAAAUCUUGAUCAUGAGCAGCGGCUCGAACAGUCAAUCGAUGACUGGUAUCAACGCUCCGUCACGGCGGCCUCAAAAGCCCCGUCUAACGCCGAUCCCUUCGACUGGUCCGGCUCAAACCACGAUUUCCGUGACACGAGAUCGUUCGCGGCGAAGUCCGCCGUUCCGUCUCCGCUUCUGGUCGCGAAGGACACCAAAGACAGAGAAGUCGCCACGGCAAGCGAUGCGCCGGCUGUGCCUCGAAUCCCGUCCAAGUACGGCGUUUUUGAGAACCUCACUCGCGAGGAGCCUUACGCGCCGUCGAGCGUCUACUCCAGCGAUGAAAAGGGGUCUACUUUCACGCCUUCCCCGGCGAGCACACCGGUUGUGGCUCCUGAGAACAGGAGCUCGGCUGUUUUGCCUUUGACGGAACAGAACGUCUCGUCGGCACGAAACAGUGCUUAUAGUGCCCGCACACCACUAGACUCACCCGCCCGGUCACCUUCCCGUCAUUCGAAGAGGUCUCACAAGAGUAAGAGCAGUAAGAGCGCGAGCGUUAGCACUCUGAGACUGAGUGAGGAACAAAAAGAAGACAACAACAGCCAGCCUCGCUUCUCCGACCCCUGGAUUCCACGUUUCGAGCCAGAUGACGUACCCCUUCGACCCACCACCACAUCCGUGGUGUCGUCUGCCGUCUCGCCCGGCACAAGGCCCGCCUCCGACGAGUACAGGGCGAUGCAAGCUGAGCUCGAGGAUGCAUUCAGCAUGGUGGACCGCGACGACGCCGUGUCCGAUGAAAUCGUCCACCCGGACGACUCGGUCAGCCAGGUUCACCCUCGUCCACCAACUAGGAUGGGCACGGGGAAAACUACUCUGCGGAGCGUGACUGCGAGUGUUCGGCCGGCCAGGAACACUAGUAAAAAAAGCGACUCGACAAAGUAUUUGGGUCUGUACCGUGAUGAAUGA